GGUACAAGUCUGUCCUUCGACGUCAGGGGGUCAUUAAUAACCAAUUAGGAGGGUCACUGCGGCUCCUAUAAAGGAGCUGAGAUUUUGCCAGGGGAAGACGGUCCUGACUGGAUGUGCAGGAGGCGAGUGGGCAACCGAGAGCCCUUGGUCGGUGUUUCUCGGCAGUCACUCACCUCCCACCCAUCCCGCACCCCUCCUGGUACCCGCCCCCGUCUCCACCCGCGGAAUUCCAGCCCUUUACCAUCUUUGCAGAUUUUGUGUACCUCCCUCUUGGUUCACUUUCCUCCCAGCCAUCCCCCCCCCCUUACCACUCACUCCCUAGAGCAUCCUCCCCUGGCUCCUCUCCCUCCUCCUCCCUCGUGUUGUGCGCGCUCCUCUCUUGUGCUCCCUCUUCCUUGCCCACCUCUCUGAAGUCCACCCAGCCGUCCUUUCGCAGCGACGGUGAGCUCCUGGACGCCCAUGAUGGGCUCUGUGCUCCCAGCUGAGGCCCUGGUGCUCAAAACAGGGCUGAAGGCUCCGGGGCUGGCGUUGGCAGAGGUCAUCACCUCCGACAUUCUGCACAGUUUCUUAUAUGGCCGAUGGCGCAAUGUGUUAGGCGAACAGCUGCUGGAGGACAAGAGCCACCACGCCAGCCCAAAGACCGCCUUCACCGCUGAAGUCCUGGCACAGUCCUUCUCAGGAGAGGUACAGAAGCUGUCCAGCCUGGUGCUGCCGGUGGAAGUGAUCAUCGCUCAGAGUUCCAUCCCAGGCGAGGGCCUUGGCAUCUUCUCCAAGACGUGGAUCAAGGCAGGCACGGAGAUGGGGCCCUUCACCGGCCGCGUCAUUGCUCCGGAGCACGUGGAUCUCUGCAAGAACAACAAUCUGAUGUGGGAGGUAUUCAACGAGGAUGGCACAGUACGCUACUUCAUCGAUGCCAGCCAGGAAGACCACCGAAGCUGGAUGACCUACAUCAAGUGUGCCCGGAAUGAGCAGGAGCAGAACCUGGAGGUGGUCCAGAUUGGCACCAGCAUCUUCUACAAGGCCAUCGAGAUGAUCCCUCCAGACCAGGAGCUGCUGGUGUGGUAUGGAAAUUCCCACAACACCUUCCUGGGCAUCCCUGGUGUGCCAGGCCUGGAAGAGGAGCAGAAGAAAAACAAGCAUGAGGACUUCCACCCGGCGGACUCCGCGACCGGCACCGCGGGCCGCAUGCGCUGCGUCAUCUGCCACCGAGGUUUCAACUCCCGCAGCAACCUGCGCUCGCACAUGCGCAUCCACACGCUGGACAAGCCCUUCGUGUGCCGCUUCUGCAACCGCCGCUUCAGCCAGUCGUCCACGCUGCGCAACCACGUGCGCCUGCACACGGGCGAGCGCCCCUAUAAGUGCCAGGUGUGCCAGAGCGCCUACUCGCAGCUGGCCGGCCUGCGCGCGCACCAGAAGAGCGCGCGCCACCGGCCGCCCAGCGCCGCGCUGCAGGCACACUCGCCCGCACUGCCCGCGCCCCACGUCCACACGUCCGGUCCCAACCCGGAGUCUCCCUCCUGCAGGACCGCGCCCCCACGCGAACAUCUCUCUCGUGGAUGA